AUGUUUUACCUCAAAUUAAUUUUUGGUUUCUUUCCUUUAAACUUUGGGAGCAGCUCACAAGCAGCUCUGGUGUUGGACACCUCUGAUCCAGUGGUGUAUGAGCUUCAGGUUGGUCGAACCACAGUUGAUACAGUGAAUCUUACUUCCUUAUCUCGAGGUUUCUUAGAUAUCAGUGGAUGCAGACACUCAGGUCAGAUGUAUCGACCUGGUACAGUGAUCAGCUCUGAUCCACAAACCUGUUUCAGCUUCACCUGUAAUGAGACCGCAGUCCUCAACACCUCCAGCUGUGGUGCGCUGGAGCGCUGUCAAGGCAACGGCAUCUGCACAUUGGACACCAUGUUGGCCUCCACCUGCACUUUUACCGGCCCCACUAUCAUCGACGUCCAUGGCCAGAUUAACUCCAUCCAGGAUCGGUGUGCGUACUCUCUGUUCUCGACUCCGUCACUCCCAGACUUCCUUGUUCUGGGGAACUUCAGGGACAGACGUCGUAAAGAUGUGAGCUUUUUGGACAGUGUGACGCUGCGUGUGGACAGGCAUUACAUUCACCUGGAACAAGGUGGGAGAGUUCAGCUGGACGACUCCACACUGACCCUCAGCAGCUCACCUCAGCUGGUUCAUGGUGUGCAGCUCUCUAAGGACCAAACUGGAGUCACUGCCGAACUCUCCAACCUCAACAUCUCUGUCUUCUUUGAUGGCUACACCGCACAGAUCCUCUUAGAAGGACCUGCUGGUUCAUCUGUGGAGGGUCUGUGUGGAAACUCCAGCAGCUCUCUGAGUGACCUGAGACUCUCUGAGUACAGCUCCACCAGCUGUGAGAUGCAGUACAGUGAGCCUGCUGACACCACGAUCAACUGCACCAGUGUGACUGAACGCUGUAAUCUCCUGAAGGAGGCGCCCUUCUCCUCCUGUAACACUGACAUUGACCCAGAGCCCUACAUAACCGCCUGCACCGACACUUUGUGUAAAUAUCCUGCAGUGGACGGACUCAACUGUCAGUUCCUGAAGGCCUACGCCAGAGCCUGCAGUCAACACAACCACACUCUGGAUGGCUGGACAUCAAAGACCGGCUGCUCCUCUGAGGCCUUCUGUCAGGACAGGACCUGCAGCGAGUUCUGUGGUGAGAAGACGGUCAGUGGUGACACUCGCUGCGUCUGUCGGGCCAUUUUUGCCUCCAAGUACCAAGCAAACAACUCUUUGGGUGAUCCAACGGUCUGCAUGCAGGACUCUGCUUCAGUCACUCUGGUCGGUUGUCUCCUGGCGGACAAAGGCAUCAACUACUCUGCCUUACACCUCAACGACCCGACGUGCAGGGGUCAGGUGGACGAGCUCACCCACAUGGUGACCUUCGGCUUCAACAGCAGCAACAGCUGUGGGACGGUGGUCACGACCAACAACAGCCAAGUGAUCUACAAAAACACCAUCAUGACCCAGAACAGCUCCUCUGACAUCAUCAAUGGUCAUGACCAAGUCUACAUCGACUUCUCCUGCGUCCAAACUCAAGCGGACAUCAAGACUGCCACCUUCAGGAUCAGAGACAGCUCUGUGAUCCAGCACAUCACAUCUGGAGUUUGGGAUUACACUCUCACCAUGUGUGCAACCACUGAUGUUGGACACACACAAGCUGUGCAGUCCAGCACUGAAGUGCAGCUGAUCCAGAAGAUCAGGGUGGAGCUGAAGACUGAUGGGCUGGAUGGAGACGUGGUCGUCGUGGUGACUGACUCCUGCUGGGCAACUGACCAGCCAUCAACUAACAGCACUCCGAGAUACGACCUGAUCAUAAACGGCUGUGCCAACCCUGCUGACCAGACGGUGCAGGUGGAGGACAACGGACUGGGAACCUCCAACUACUUCUCCUUCAGUAUGUUCCAGUUCACUGGUAGCUCUGGUGAAGUCUACCUGCACUGCGAACUGCACCUGUGCCCCAAACAGAACAACUGUGUCCCGACUUGUCCUGCAGGUGCUCGCAGACGCAGAUCUGCCAGGUCCAAAUAUGAAGGUGAAGCCUUCAUCAGCAUGGCCUGGACUCAUUAGGUGGUUUCCACGGUGACUCAGACUGACCGACAG